AUGAAGUUUUUCAUCCCGGUCGUUGGCCUCAUGGCCACCUCGGCCCUGGCUCAAGGCGUCGAACAGCCGAUCGUCGACGCCAUCACCGUCAUCCAAGCACGCACCCAGCGAGUUGACACCGAUGUCCUCGCCUGGAGCGGCGACCGACGAGGCUUCCGCCCAAUCUUCUUCGACAGCCAGAAGCUCCUCAAGUCCAUCAAUAACGGUACCAAUGUCGCCAACGCCAACGAGUCUCUCGACUUCAACGGCGCGGUCAACGUCGGUCUCGCGACCCUCAACCUCAUCCCAGUCGUCAACCAGACCCUCAUCGACUUCAUCGCCACCAUCCCCAAAUUCAACAAGCUCUACCUGACCCCAACUGUCCUCGACUCCCUCAACCAGCAAAAGGCAGCCUCCGACGCUUUCUCUGCCGCCGUCAUCGCCAAGGUUCCUGAUGGUCUCAAAGACCUUGCUGGCCAAGUCACCGCACCAAUUGAUGAGGACUUCGAUGUUUCCAUUGCGGCCUUCCAAGCUGCGGUUGAUUCCCUUCCAAAGUGGCCACACCACCCGAAGGGCUGGACUGGUUGGGGCUGGCGUUGGGGAAAGGGCUGGGGUUGGUAUUAA